UUAGUGUAGCUUUAAUACACUGUCGGGUUAAAAAUGUCACAUUGACCGUGGCUCAGCUGACAUUUGAAGCGACUGUAAAACAAACCCUAGCGUAAAUUGCCGAUCUGCGAGAGAGGAUAAGCCCGAUCAGAUCGAAUCCGAUAAAAAAUGGCUAUGGCUGCGUUGAGACGUGAGGGAAGGCGUUUCGCUACACCGUUGAUUUCUCCUAAUCCUGCCAUUGCUCUUCGUUCUUCCAUCAUCCCUUCCCAGGAACCAGUCUCAUCAGGAGUUCGAUGUAUUUCAACUCAAAUUGUGAGAAACCGCAUGAAGAGUGUUAAAAAUAUCCAGAAGAUUACAAAGGCUAUGAAGAUGGUUGCUGCUUCAAAGCUUAGAGCUAUUCAAACUAGAGCUGAAAAUUCACGUGGCCUAUGGCAGCCCUUUACUGCACUUCUUGGUGACUCUGCUAGUGUUGAUGUCAAGAAGAAUGUUAUUGUUACCAUUUCUGCAGACAAAGGUCUUUGUGGUGGAAUCAAUUCUACAUCUGUCAAGAUAAGCAGGGCUCUUCAUAAGUUGAAUUCUGGUCCUGAAAAGGAAAAUAAGUAUGUUGUCUUGGGGGAAAAGGCAAAGGCUCAGCUGGUGCGAGAUUCGAAAAAAGACAUUGAACUGAUCAUGACGGAGUUGCAGAAAAAUCCUCUUAACUACACACAGGUUUCUGUGAUGGCAGAUGACAUCUUGAAGAAUGUCGAAUUUGAUGCACUGCGGAUUGUUUUUAAUAAAUUCCAGUCAGUUGUCUCAUUUUUGCCAACAGUGUCCACUAUACUAUCUCCAGAGGUUGUAGAGAGGGAGGCUGAAUCAGGUGGAAAGCUUGGAGAAUUGGAUUUAUAUGAAGUUGAAGGUGCUGAGACAAAGUCAGAAGUUCUUCAGAACCUAGCUGAAUUUCAGUUUUCAUGCGUUAUGUUCAAUGCAGUUCUAGAGAACGCUACUAGUGAGCAAGGAGCAAGAAUGUCUGCUAUGGAUAGCUCCAGCAGAAAUGCUGGGGACAUGCUUGAUCGUCUCACUCUUACUUACAACAGAACCCGUCAAGCAUCUAUCACCACAGAACUGAUAGAGAUCAUAUCAGGAGCAUCAGCUCUGGAGGGUUAAUUGGACAAGCUACCGCUUUUAUCUGAUGGAGAAAUAAGAAAAAUGUGUAGGCUUUCUUAGCACCCUGGGGUGACCAAUUAUCCGUUUUGAUUUAUGAAUAAUCUCCUGGUUAACUUUAUUUCUGGGAAAAUUGGUUUAACUGUUACAAAGAUAGUCAUAAAUGCCUUUUGAUCUGUUUCUUUUCAUUUUUGUACCGGGCUUGAAUGGCCGUAACUUGUUCAAGAAAAUUUUCUUGAAAAGCUCUGUCUUUAUAUGCAUGUUUUUUUGGCUUCUAAGUUGA